ACAGGAUAUCCGCCUGGAGCCAUGAACCUCGCCUGGGCAUCAGUCACCACUCUCGCAGGCUUUGUUCAGACACUCGCACGGAGACAGACAGCGGGCCACGAUGAACGCAGGGUCGUCCUCACCCCUGCCGCGGCCGCUGCUGCUGCUGCUGCUGGCCUCAGCGCUGGCCGUCCUCGGAGAAACCCUGAACAGCACCCUGCCCGCCAGCUGUCCCGCCGAGAACACCGACCCUGAGGCUGACUGGAUUUUCAAAUAUAGAAAAUCAAUAAACAGAAGACUCGAAAGCACUACUUACCUGCAUCCCGAGCAAGGCUUCCAUGGAGUUGGGCUGAUGCGAGGUAUGUUUGGCAAACAAUACAUCGCUUGGUUCCCUCUACCAGACACUUGCUUCCCUGAUGACACAGUGGUGUGGUGGAAGAUGGAAUUCGAGGCACAGUGGAUACAGGACACCGAAGGCCAAGGCAACACUCUUCAGUUACAGCUAAAGACAGGAACGUGCAAUGCCCAGUGCGUCCAAGCAGUUCCAAACAUUUCUUCCUCAGAGCAUAUUUAUCUCUACGCUCUCGGGCCCUACAGUUUGACAUACACAGAGCCAGACAAAGAGAACUGCACCACCAUGGUGGAGAUGAAGGAAGACUUGCAUGACAUCGACUGCACGGCGCCUGGUGACCCUUACACCAUCUUGGCCCCUGCCCCCACCCCUGCCCCGGGCCCUGCCAGCUACGCAGGGGCUGUUGGAGUAGGAGUGCUGGUGCUGGUGCUGGUGCUGGUGUGUGUGGUUCUGGCGGGGGUGCUUCUGGCUAUGGUGGUUGUGGUGAUGCAGACGCUGAAGCAGAUUGACAAAAAGACACAAGGAUAAUGAAGAUGUGGCGCGGCGGUCCCGAGGCGAGAUGAUGGAGACGGAGAACCCCCAUCACCAGCCUUCGAGCCCCGCCUGCAUCCACGGCAGAUUUCGGUGCGUCACGGCGAGGCUGCUUCAUCCCUGACCUCCCCUCCUCGUCCACACAUUGUCCCUGACGUGCCAUGCAGGGACUCUGUCUGUUACUGUGUUCUCCCUCUGUUCCUGAAUGGCGGGAAGGAGAUCUGUUUAAUAUAGAUGUGUUUAGCUUGCUUCAUCCCUGACCUCCCCUCCAUGUCCACACAUUGUCCCUGACGUGCUGUGCAGGAAAUGUGUUCUCCCUCUGUUCCUGAAUGGCGGGAAGGAGACAUGUUUAAUAUAGAUAUGUUUAAUAUAUAUAUAUAUAUAUAUAUAUAUA